GUCAGACCAGUGGUCAAAAAGCAGACAUUUCCAGAAGUUCUCAGGGACAAAGAGUGACAAAAGUGGAAGAGAGAGUGAAGGAGAUUCAAGGAGAGUUUGACUCAGAUAUUGCUCUGUGUUGUAGAACAGUUUAAAGAACAAGGAUACACAGCAGAAACGGUACAGCUUCAGGACCAGACGAGUGAAUGGAUACCUUUUGCAGUCUAAGUGGACUUGAUCCUCUGUGGGACUGGAACCAGACAUGGUACACACAUAACCCUGAAUUGAGUGACUGCUUCCAGAACACAGUACUGGUGUGGGCUCCAUGCAUCUACCUGUGGAUCUUCUCUCCGUUCUACUGCCUUCAUCUGUAUUGCCAUGGCCGAGGUCGGCUGCCCCUCUCUUCGCUCUGCAAUGCCAAGCUGUUGUUGGGGUUCUUCUUGGCAUCCUUUGGUUUUGUGGAAUUCUUCUACAUCCUGUUGGAAAGAAGACAGCAAAUCGAGCAACACCUUGUCUUCUUGCUCAGUCCAAUCAUACGCAGUCUCACCGUGGUGUUAGCUGUGUGUGUGAUUCAUUGGGAGAGAGUACGUGGAUGUCGUUCUUCUGUCUUCCUGUUCUUCUUCUGGCUGUUGGGCGUUGUCUGCUCCCUGAUUCCGCUUCAUGCAAAGAUCCAGCUGGCUCUAGAGCAGGGUCUUUCUCCGGAUAUUGUGCGGUAUCUGGCCUUUUUCUCUUACUUUGCCCUGCAGUUGGUGCAGCUCUUCCUUAGCUGUUUUGCAGACCGGGCACCCUCAGGCAAAGCUGUCCUCAAGAAUGCAUGUCCUGUUCAAGAUGCAUCAUUCUUGUCCAAGAUCCUCUUUUGGUGGUUUAGUGGGUUAAUUUUUAAAGGAUACCGUUCUCCAUUACAAGCAGAGGAUCUGUGGAGUCUGAGAGAAGAGGAUACAUCUGAGAGAAUCAUAUCGGACCUAGAGGAAGAAUGGACAGCGGAGCGCACCAAGUUACAGCAGCAACAGAACCACCUAAGCACCAGUAUUGCCUUGGGAUCUCGACUACCAGACCAGGCUCAGCUCCUCAGGAAGAUCCAGAAAGAGCAGAGUUCAGGAUUCUGUCUCUUACGAACACUAGCGCGUAGCUUUGGUCCCUACUUCCUUACUGGGACACUGUGCCUGAUGUUCCAUGAUGCUUUCAUGUUUGCAGUUCCACAGGUUCUAAGUCUGUUGUUAGGCUUUAUGAAGGAUGAGGAAGCUCCGCUGUGGAAGGGCUAUUUCUAUGCCUCUCUUAUAUUCCUGCUCUCCUGUCUUCAGUCGGUCUUCAACCACCAAUACACAUACACCUGCUUUACUGUGGGCAUGCGGGUGAAAACAGCUGUCAUGGGCCUGGUUUACAGAAAGUCUCUUGUCAUGAAUAGUGGAGCACGCAGAACAUGCACAGUGGGGGAAAUAGUGAAUCUAGUCUCUGCUGAUACCCAAAAGUUAAUGGAUUUUGUAGUGUAUUUCAAUGCAGUGUGGCUGGCGCCCAUUGAGGUCACACUCUGCCUCUUCUUUCUUUGGCAGCAUUUAGGACCAUCGGCUCUAGCGGGCAUCGCCACAGUGAUCCUUAUUUUCCCUUUGAACGGAUUCAUUGCAAGGAAGAGAAGCAAACUCCAGGAGAUCCAAAUGAAGUACAUGGAUGGACGGGUCAAGUUAAUGAACGAGAUUCUAAAUGGUAUUAAAAUCUUGAAGUUCUAUGCUUGGGAAAAGGCCUUUCUGGAGCAGGUCCUGGGAUACAGAGAGAAGGAGCUUAAAACUCUGAAGAAAUCUCAGAUCUUAUACUCUGUGUCCAUUGCCUCCUUCAACUCCUCAUCCUUCUUGAUUGCUUUUGCUAUGUUUGGAGUUUAUGUGCUCAUUGAUGACAAGAAUGUUCUGGAUGCUCAGAAAAUCUUUGUGUCGAUGGCUCUCAUCAACAUCCUGAAAACUCCACUCAGCCAGCUUCCUUUUGCCAUGAGCACAACCAUGCAGGCUGUCGUCUCUCUUAAGCGUCUGGGGAAAUUUCUCUGUCAAGAUGAGCUUAAACUAGACAAUGUGUCCAGAGACCCAUUUAAAUCUGGUGAGGAUGGUUUAGUGUUUGAGAAUGGAACUUUCAGCUGGUCUAAAGAUGGCCCUCCAUGUCUAAAAAGGAUCAGCGUUAAAGUUCCCUGUGGUUCGCUGGUUGCUGUCGUCGGCCAUGUUGGCAGUGGAAAAUCGUCGCUGCUUUCUGCCAUGCUCGGAGAGACUGAAAAAAGAAGCGGGAAUGUCUCUGUCAAGGGCUCCAUUGCCUACAUUCCUCAGCAAGCGUGGAUCCAGAAUGCCAGCCUGCAGGACAACAUUCUGUUUGGAAGGGAAAAGAAAGAAAGCUGGUACCAGCGAGUGCUGGAGGCAUGUGCCCUGCUACCUGAUCUAGACAACCUGCCUACAGGAGAUGCCACUGAGAUCGGAGAGAAGGGUAUAAAUUUGUCUGGAGGGCAGAAACAGAGGGUGAGUCUUGCACGUGCUGUUUACCGAAAAGCUGAUGUCUAUCUACUUGAUGACCCUUUGUCUGCUGUGGACGCACAUGUUGGUCAGCACAUCUUUAACAAAGUCAUUGGACCCAAGGGCAUACUAAGAGACAAGACACGAGUUUUGGUGACCCAUGGAAUGAGCUUCCUGCCUCAGGCGGAUUUGAUCCUGGUUCUGGUAGAUGGGGAGAUCUCAGAAAGAGGCUCAUAUAAGGAGCUUUUGAACCGGAAUGGUGAUUUUGCUGAUUUCAUCCACACCUUUGCAUGCUCUGAAAGGAAAGAGUGCUUUUCAGAGGACUUUAAAAGAGGCUCCAGAAAGUCCUUAAGAUUGAGUGUUGCAGACUUCAUGCCAUUCUCCAGGGAUCUGUCCCAAGAGCAGCUUAUUGGUGGUGACACAAACAGCAUUACAAUGCAGAGCGUUGAGCCGCUAACCGAUUCUGAUGAGGACCAAAUCCCAGAAGACCUAGGGAAACUGACUAAGGUUGAUAAAGCACGGAUAGGCAGAGUCAAACUUGAGAUGUACAUUGAAUACUUCCGCACCAUUGGUUUGCCUUUGAUUGUUUCCAUUGUAUUCCUUUAUGCCUUCCAACAAGCUGCGUCUCUGGCUUAUAAUUACUGGUUAAGCUUGUGGGCUGAUCAGCCUAUCAUCAAUGGCACUCAGUUAAACACGGAUUUGAAACUGGGAGUUUAUGGAGCUCUUGGUUUUGCUCAAGGAAUCGCCAUAUUUGGUACUACUGUGGCCAUCUCCUUGGGGUGCAUCAUUGCCUCCCGUCACCUUCACCUGGAGCUUCUAAAUAAUGUACUUCACUCCCCCAUGUCUUUCUUUGAGUCCACCCCUAGCGGCAACCUCCUCAAUCGUUUUGCUAAAGAGAUAGAUGCCAUAGACAAUAUGAUCCCAGAUGGGCUAAAAAUGAUGCUGAGUUACUUCUUUAAACUAAUGGAAGUCUGUAUCAUCGUGCUGAUGGCCACACCAUUUGCUGCUGUUAUCAUCCUCCCUAUGGCAUUCCUCUAUGCUUUUAUACAGAGUUUCUAUGUGGCCACAUCCUGCCAGCUGCGGAGGUUGGAGUCAGUGAGUCGCUCUCCCAUCUACACACACUUAAACGAGACUGUGCAGGGUGCCAGUGUCAUCCGGGCAUUCAAUGAACAGUCACGCUUCAUCAUGGGCGCCAAUCACAAGGUGGAUCAGAACCAAACUGCUUACUUCCCCCGUUUUGUAGCGACAAGGUGGCUGGGUGUAAAUCUAGAGUUUCUGGGUAAUGGCAUUGUUCUUGCUGCUUCGAUUCUUUCUGUGAUGGCAAAAGGAACCCUGAGUCCUGGGAUGGUUGGUCUGGCCGUGUCACAUUCACUUCAGGUGACAGGAUUCCUGAGCUGGAUUGUAAGGUCAUGGACAGAUGUAGAGAACAACAUUGUGUCAGUUGAGAGAGUGAAAGAGUACGCCGACACUCCGAAAGAGGCAGCUUGGACCAUAGAAGGAAGUUCUUUGCCACCAUCUUGGCCUCAAACAGGGACCAUAGAGUUUCGUGAUUAUGGUCUUCAAUACCGCAAAGGCCUGGAGUUGGCCUUGAAAGGCAUCUCUGUUCGAAUCCAAGAGCGAGAGAAGAUUGGUAUUGUGGGAAGAACUGGUGCUGGAAAGUCGUCUUUGGCUCUUGGAAUUUUCCGGAUCUUGGAAGCAGCAAAAGGAGAGAUCUACAUUGAUGGAAUCAAUAUCGCAGAAAUCGGGCUUCACGAUCUAAGAUCCCGGAUCACCAUCAUUCCACAGGAUCCAGUGCUGUUCUCUGGAUCUCUCCGAAUGAACCUUGAUCCAUUUGAUGACUACUCUGAUGAGGAGGUGUGGAAUGCCCUGGAACUGGCUCACCUCAAAAACUUUGUGUCUAAACUUCCAGAUAAACUCAAUCAUGAGUGCUCAGAGGGAGGAGAAAACCUCAGUCUCGGUCAGAGACAGUUGGUAUGCCUAGCAAGAGCUCUUCUCCGAAAGACAAAACUUUUGGUGCUGGAUGAGGCAACAGCUGCGUUGGACCUGGAGACAGACACCCUGAUCCAGUCUACCAUCCGCAGCCAGUUCGAGGAUUGUGCUGUUCUUACCAUAGCACACCGCCUCAAUACCAUUAUGGACUACACGAAGGUUAUUGUUAUGGAUAAGGGACAUAUCGUGGAGAUGGAUUCUCCCACUAACUUGAUUGCGAAGAGAGGCCAGUUUUACUACAUGUGCAGAGAAGCUGGGAUCUUGUGACCUUUUGUACAGACGCUGACAUCAGACACCAACUGUCUUCUUGCGCCCCCUUGUGGUGAAAGCAAAGAACCUGCAGCCGCUCUGUAAUCCAUGCAGAACGCAGAGAGGAACCAGAAUUACACAGUGGUUUCAUAAGGGAAAAAGACCGGAGACUUGAAUUCCAAUUUUCUACAAAUAAAAGUGGUUAGAUUGAUAAAUCUUUACUAAAGCUAAGAUGUAACCGUCUACUCAGGUUUACCGCCUUGUCCAUGGGCAUAGUAACUCAAUGCAGCUCUACAGAAUACAAGGAAAGAUAUUUCCAUUCCUGCUCAGAUUUAAGACUCUUCAGUCAGAAAUUAAAGAUGGUUGCUUGUAACUUGUAACUAUUACGAUUGAAAUGAAAGAAAAGUGUAUUUUCCACCUAUGCAGAGCACCCAUGGUGAAAGAACAUAAAAGAAUGUGAAUAUAGCUUACAUGCAACAUUUGUUGUAGGUAACUUUAGAACAAAUCAAUUAAGACAAUGAUAUAAGCUCUAAUAGUUCCAUAUUGUUCUCGUGAAGAAUCAUAAAAGAGGACACAUAUGUUUACAUAUACUUGACCUGAAAUUCCCUGAAAAAUACCAGACUUCCACAGACACCAAUUAAAGCUUUUACGAGAGCUUUAAGGGAGAAAAACGAAAUAAAAGUAUGGUCGCACAAGCAGGUCGUAGUGUUUGGCUGAAACGAACAAUGUAAUCAUAUAAAAUGGGCAAUAACGGCUAGAUGAAUGAACAUGCAAUAUGUACACAAUAAAAAUGGAAUAAUGUAACUACUUACAUCAUUAACUGCUGUAUGAUAAAAAAAAAAGUUGCAGUUUUAAUAUCUCACAAAAUUGUUUACCGCAUUUCUGAAGUAAAGGGGAUUUUAUUAAGCAGUUGCACUUCGGUUUGAGAAAUCCCAAUGUUAUGCAAUUUCUUGUUCUUUGUAACUGUUACUGUAGAUUUUUAGAAAUAUACAUUAAUCUUAAAACUGGACAUAAGACACUGCAUCUCGUCUUAUACAUGACAUGUACUUUCAAGUGCCUUUGUGACGCUCCAAUUUUAUUUAUACAUUUUAUAUUUAAUCUUUGAGACUUUAUCUCAUGUUUUGUUUGUUUAUACAUGUAAAUAAAGAAUUUUUGACAUCUUGCUAAAGGAUGCAUCAUUGAGCUUCUAUAAGCUUUUCUACAGUAAACAGGCUUUUUGGACAUGACGCUUUAGCAAGGAAUGAGUACCAAACUAUAUUUAUUGUUUACAGUAGUAAAGGACAACAAUUGAUUUUUUUUUUUUUUUUUUUUUUUUUACAAA